CUCUCUCUCUCUCUCUCUGUCUUUCUUCAAGAAGUACUGACAGCUCUGAGCUCUCUCUCCAUCUUGUCUUGCAAUAAAUGAACCUCCCCUGAUUUUAAUUUUUUCCGAUUGUUGCUUCACAAAGCACGAGAAUCUCGUCUCAUUUCAUUUUCCCCUGUUUAAUUACUUCCAUCAGAUCCACCAACAUCGUCUCGAUAUUUUUAUAUACGCUCACUCCCACUCGCUGCUCUCUAUUCUAUUUAACUUCUCCACAUUGCCUCCAAUCCAUACCGGAAAUUCAAGAAACUCCCCAGCUGCCGGCAGACUCCUCUUCCCCAAACACCAACAGGAUUUGGGCGGCGCAGGAGAGUGGGAAUAAGGAAACUUUAAGUAAAGAUGCCCCAAGAAAGCAACUCCAACGGCUCAAUGUUCUUCUCACCAGGCAAGAACUUGAGAGGAUUAAAGGGAUUGAUCUACAACAGUAGUAGUGAUGAUGCAGUGUAUGCUGAGGAGAUCAUCAACGACCGUGAACUGGCUCAGAGGAAAGCCGGAGAAGCAGCUGCAAGGAGGUACCAGGCAGCAGCAUGGCUAAGAGAGAUGGACCAGGGUGCAUCAGAGGUUCUACCAAAAGAACCCACCGAGCAGGAAUUUUGCCUGGCCCUCCGCAAUGGCUUAAUUCUGUGCAAUGUCCUCAACAAAGUCAACCCUGGCGCCGUUCACAAGGUGGUCGAAAAUCGGGUGAUUGACGUCCAGUUCACCGAGGGUGCAGCUCAGUCUGCUAUUCAGUAUUUUGAGAACACAAGGAACUUUCUAGUGGCCGUUGGCGAGAUGAAGCUUUUGACAUUUGAAGCCUCCGAUUUGGAAAAGGGAGGUUCGUCAGGUAAAGUUGUAGACUGCAUCCUGUGUUUGAAAGGAUAUUACGAGUGGAAACAAGCUGGUGGAAUUGGAGUUUGGAGAUAUGGUGGGAAUGUAAAAAUUGUAUCCUUUCCCAAGGGAUCUACAUCUUCUUUUGUCAGCAGUGAAAGUGCAGAUGAGUCUCUCGAUGAUUCUGAAUCAUCACAAUUUGAGCAGCUAUUGGAAUAUCUACAUUUGUCAAGUGAGGUCUCACUUGAGGAAACCAAUGCAGCCAAUGCUCUUACUUCACUCUUUGAACAUUUUGGUCUUGCCCUUCUACAGGCAUAUCUCUCCGAAAUUAGUGGAGUUGAAGACUUGCCUUUGAAUUCAAUGGUUAUUGAUAUUCUGUUGAGGAAGGUGGUUAAGGAUUUCUCCUCUAUGCUUAUUGCUAAGAGCAAUCAGGUUGGACUUAUUCUGAAGAAAAUUUUGAAUGAUGAUGGCAUUCCUCGAUCAAAGUCUGAAGUUUUAGAAAUGAUACUGAAGUACCUUGGUCAAAGAAGUAGUCUGGCUUCAAGCAAUCUCUCCAAAUUUUGCAUUUGUGGCCGGAAACGUGAAGACAUAGCUCAAACAAACGUUUCCCCUGUGGGCAAUGUAGAAGUUCUUGACGUUCAACAGAGGCAGCUAGAGGAACUCAAAUCCUUUUCUAGGGAGACCAAGAAAGAAUUUCAGCUAUUUCAGAAAGUCCAUGUGGAGGAAUUGAAAAGGCUUGAGCAUCAUAUUAAGGGCCUUGAAGUAGCAGCUUCUUCUUAUCACAAAGUUUUGGAGGAAAAUCGAAUGCUUUACAAUCAAGUUCAAGACUUAAAAGGGACUAUUAGAGUUUACUGUAGAGUGAGGCCCUUCCUACCUGGGCAGUCAGAUGGACAGUCCACGGUUGACUAUAUUGGGGACAAUGGAGAUAUCAUGAUUGUCAACCCUCAUAAGCAGGGUAAAGAUGCAAGGAGGAUUUUCACUUUCAACAAGGUGUUUGGCACAAAUGCAACUCAACAACAAAUAUAUAUGGAUACACAACCGUUGGUCCGAUCGGUUCUUGAUGGGUAUAACGUUUGUAUAUUUGCUUAUGGACAAACUGGCUCAGGGAAGACAUACACAAUGAGCGGCCCAGACUUGACAGCAGAGGAGACGUGGGGUGUAAAUUAUCGUGCUUUGCGUGACCUAUUUCACAUUUCAAAAGAAAGAAUGGAAUUUAUAGAGUACGAAGUUGGAGUCCAAAUGAUCGAAAUAUACAAUGAACAAGUUAGAGAUCUCUUGGUCAUUGAUGGAACUAAUAGGAGAUUGGAUGUAAGAAACAAUUCUCAACUCAACGGUCUCAAUGUGCCUGAUGCGUGUCUAAUUCUGGUCAAAUGUACCCAAGAUGUUCUUGAUUUGAUGAGAAUUGGACAACAAAACCGUGCCGUAGGCGCCACUGCUCUAAAUGAAAGGAGUAGCAGAUCGCAUAGUAUCUUAACAGUUCAUGUCCGUGGGAAAGAGUUGGUUUCUGGAUCCACAUUAAAGGGCUGCCUUCACCUGGUGGAUCUAGCUGGAAGUGAGAGAGUGGAUAAAUCUGAAGCCGUUGGCGAGAGACUGAAGGAAGCCCAACAUAUAAACAGAUCUCUUUCUGCACUGGGAGAUGUUAUUUCCUCUCUUGCUCAGAAGACUUCACAUAUUCCUUACAGAAAUAGCAAGCUCACCCAAGUGUUACAGGAUUCUCUAGGUGGCCAUGCAAAGACGCUGAUGUUUGUGCAUAUAAAUCCCAUGGUUAAUGCUAUAGGAGAGACAGUAAGUACCCUGAAGUUUGCCGAGAGAGUGGCCUCAAUAGACCUUGGAGCUGCUCGAUCUAAUAAGGAAAGUGGGGAAAUUCGAGAAUUUAAAGAUGAGAUCACAAACCUCAAGCUCACAUUGGAGAAAAAGGAUGCUGAACUACAGCAACUAAGAAGUGGAGCCAGUAUAAGAGGUGCUAUAUCACCUCUUCGUAUGCCAAAAUCCAAUGUUACUGCCAGCAUGAAGCCUGAAAAUAAUCAGCGUAGUACCAUUGACGACACUCGAAGCUCCGAGGUAAGAAGCUGUUCUUCAGGCAAGCAGAGGAGGUCCCGGUUCCCGGCUAAGUUCACCGACAAGGAUAUUGUACCAAAAAUUCCUUUCCUUGCUGAAGAGAGAUCUGUAGGUUUCAAUAAGGCAAGAUCACCAUCCCCACCUGUUAGAAGAUCAGUUUCAACGGAUAGGAGUGCUGUCAUCAGAAGUAGGAUUAAGCCUGAGACACUUGAUAACCCACCGGUCAUGAGACUACCUUUUCCAGCAAGAGUCCCUACAAACAAAUCCAUGGUUGCUGUACCUUCAAUUGUUCCCUCGACAGAUAGUUACACAAGGUCAUAUCCGGCUUCUCAGGAGCCACCAGUUAAGCAGGAUAACAUUUCUGAGACACUGCACAGUCUCCAAAGAAUUGUCUCCAGAAAAGUUAAUGUAGAACAUGAUGAUCAGGAGCAGUUUAAACAGGCACUUAAUGUUCGACAAGGUGGUAUUAGGAAAACUAAACCUGAGAGUAAGGUUAAGAGCAAGCAUCAAAAUAUUACUAAAAACCAAAAGUCUGACAUUGGAGUUACUCUGCUUACUAAUGUGGACAACGGUAGAAUGAUGGAAGAGGCUCAGAAAAGCGAGUUCUUGGAAAUAGAUAAUGAGCACGGUGAUGAACGUGUUGGAUCACCAGUUUAUGGUAAUACCAUGAGGUUGAAAAAGCUUCAGAGGAACUUCUCGAGGAACUCUCAAAAUGUUGAACCUAGAGAACUGAUACAGCCAACGGAGUCUGUCUAUGCUGGGAAACAUGAGAAUAAAAUUUCCAAUAGCACAAUUCAAAAUCUCAAGGAAGCAAGCAACUCGUCCACCUCGGAGUUCCGAAGAAGCAGAUCUACACCUCGAGGGAAAUUUUUUGUUGUUCCUUGAGAAAGGUGUCAGCCGCUAAUAAUUGUGAAGUCUUUGUACAGCUAUUCUUAUUUCGUGUCUACUGUCCUAUACUCUCUAUCAAGAAAACUAUACGAGGAUGAAUCCCAGUUGGAGAAUGUCUAGUUUGUAGGGAACAGAACACGCUGGUGUACCAGAACCAUUUUCAGUUUGUUUUGACUAUUAUUUGUGGAUAAUCAAAUUAACUUUCAGUUCUUGAUAUGUACACGGAAACUUUCCUAAAUAUAACUGGAGUAUUU